GGUGAGCGCGCUGGAGCCCGCGCGGAGAACAUGAGGCGGGGAUGGGAGUGCGCCUAGCCUCGACGCGGGAGAGCCAGCCGCCCUGCCGCCGGCCGCCGGCCCCACCGCCACAGAACCCGAGCCCUGCGGAGCUCCCGGCGGCCAGGCCUCAAGGCGCAGCGGCCGCGCGGCGCGCCUCUGCCUGCCGGCACCAUGAACACCAUCGUCUUCAACAAGCUCAGCGGCGCCGUGCUUUUUGAGGACCGCGGUGCUCCCGAACGGGAAAGGGGCAGCCGGCCCUAUGGUGGCGUCCUAGACAGUCCCCACGCCCGCCCCGAGGUGGGCAUUCCGGACGGCCCGCCCCUCAAGGACAACCUCGGCCUGAGACACCGCAGGACUGGGGCCAGGCAGAAUGGCGGGAAGGUGAGGCACAAGCGGCAGGCUCUGCAGGACAUGGCGCGGCCCCUCAAGCAGUGGCUUUACAAGCACCGUGACAACCCGUACCCCACCAAGACCGAGAAGAUCCUCCUGGCACUGGGCUCGCAGAUGACGCUAGUGCAGGUGUCAAAUUGGUUUGCUAAUGCAAGACGUCGGCUUAAGAAUACUGUUCGACAGCCAGAUUUAAGCUGGGCUUUAAGAAUAAAGUUGUACAACAAAUACGUUCAAGGAAAUGCUGAGCGGCUUAGUGUAAGCAGCGAUGAUUCGUGUUCCGAAGACGGAGAAAAUCCUCCAAGAAACCACAUAAAUGAAGGGGGCUAUAAUAAUCCAGUUCACCAUCCUGUGAUUAAAAGUGAGAGCUCAGUCAUAAAAGCUGGAGUGAGGCCAGAGUCACGGGCCAGUGAGGACUACGUAUCACCCCCAAAAUACAAGAGCAGCUUAUUGAAUCGUUACCUUAACGACUCUUUGAGACACGUCAUGGCCACAAACGCUGCCAUGAUGGGAAAGACAAGGCAAAGAAACCAUUCGGGAUCUUUUAGCUCCAACGAAUUUGAGGAAGAAUUGGUGUCUCCUUCAUCAUCGGAAACCGAAGGCAACUUUGUCUAUCGUACAGACGCUCUGGAAAAUGGAUCCAAUAAGGGUGACAGUGCAGCCAAUAGGAAGGGACCAAGCAAGGACGAUACAUACUGGAAGGAGAUUAAUGCAGCGAUGGCCUUAACCAAUCUUGCACAGGGCAAAGACACACUGCAGGGAACAACCAGCUGCAUCAUCCAGAAGUCAUCACAUAUAGCAGAAGUAAAGACGGUCAAAGUGCCACUGGUUCAGCCAUUUUAAGGGUUUGUCACUUUUCAGACCUACGGCUGCUCUUCGUGUCAGUGUUUUCCCAUCAACCCUCAUCUUAAGAGCCGAAGCAAAAGUGAAAAUGACUCCCUUUCAAACCUCUUCUUGUUUUUAAUUAUCCUAAAUAUAUCAUUUAGUUGCUUCUAUAAGAGACAUAUAAAUUAUAAAAAGCUCACUUUAAUCAAAAGUAGUAACUUAUUUUAUGUUACUCAAACUAUGCAUAAAGUGUCUGCAUUGCCAUUACAGUAAGUGCCUUGCUUCCCCCCAAAAUAAGCAACAACGUGGGCACAGCAGAGCUGCUGUGCCUCAAAUGACAACGCCACAAUGCUUGUUAGUUCGUGUGUGUCCUUCCAGAUGGGCCUAACCGUUUCAGGACAGAAACCAGAACUGCUGGAAGCCCUCAAAAUGUUUUCAGUAAUUCACAUGUUAAAACUUGGAAAUCUACACAGCCCAAAUGAGAUGUUCCUUUAAAAAACAAAAAACUGCUGCAGUAUUUAAAAAUUGUUCAGCAUGCUUUUCAGAGUGACAGUGAGAAUUUCAUGCAUGUAUCUUGCCUGCCUAUCUGACACACUACAAAGGUCCAAAAUGAAAGGAGCGGCAAUCACAUAAUAUGUUUAUUUAAGAAGAAUCCCAGUGAAUCCAUUGUGAUCUGGAAAACUUUUUCCAAGCACUGCUGGGAAACACCACAAUGCCCUUUAGAAGUAAUUUGGAUUUUCUCUUUCUUAAGUUUUGCAUAAGUGUUUUAAAAUUUUAUUACGUAAGUUACUCAGAAUUUUCCCGUGCAGAACUAAACCUGUAGUUUAGUUUUAACACAUAAUCCUGUUUGCAUUAGAGGUCAGUGCUUUUUGUGAUGGAAACUUUUUCAUAUGGAAUGGCUGAAAACCUUUUAUUUGGUUCAUUUCAAAUUAUAAUUGCUGAUGGACAAUUUAUAUUGCAACGAGAACAAGACAAUGAAAGAAAUGUAUCUCUAUGUGAAUAUACUUAUACAGACAUAAAAUUGAUUUUUAAAUUUAAAACAUAUGGAAAACAAAACAUUGACAGUCUUUGAAUUUGCCAAGUAGGACAUUUAAGUAAAAAUUAAGUGAAAUCAUGCAUUAAAAGAAAGAACAUUUUGUUUCUAAGUUAGACUAUCACUGAGUGAGAAUAAUCAAUAUCAAGAAAGAAGAAUAUAGGUUUCAAUCAAACAAUAAUAUUCUAAUCAGCUUGGGGAGACUUGAAACUUGAAUAAACACCAGAGAUGCCAAAUAUAACAGAGUAUAUGUGCUACAGAGAAGUAAAAAAGGAUUUGACUCUUUUAUGGUGGGAUGUUUUUUCUGGGUAUGUAAUCUAUUUUGUAAUUUUUUUUUAACUGGAAAGCAUUUUUGUGAGUGUGAAUGAGAGCCAAUAGUGCAGCCGUGUGGUGAUAUUUUUCCUUAUUUUGCAAAACGCUUUUAAAACCAAAGGCUGCUCUAGUUGAUACAUGGACAAUAUCAUUCUUGAUAUAAAUUGUAGGACACUUUUUCAUGUAACAUAGCAUUUGGGGAUUGGGUUUAUUUAGUGUAAUGAAGAUAAUUUGAUAUAAAAAUAUUUUGUAUAUAUAUAUUUUUACUUUGUUUUCUAAAUUGCUGUUUGCAGUAACAGUAAGUGCAAAGCAAGAUAUGUUAAGUUAUGACUGUAUGAUCGGAUGAAGUAUGAGUUCUUUUGGUUUACAUCCUUAAGUAGUUACGGAUCCAUGAUAAAAACUUUGGAAUCUUUAUAAAUUAAUUUGUCAAAAUGUGAUCAUGUCAGAGACAACUAAGGACAAGUACUUCACUCUUUUUCAUACUAUUAUAAGUUAUUCUGGUAUUAAAUAUUUUAAUAAAAUUGAUUUUGUUUUGACAUAUUUCAGUUAGAUGAAUGGAUGCUGGUUGUUUUUUGUUUGAAUUAGUCAUAAUUCACUUUUGCCAUCUUUUUAAAAAGAAUCAGCAGAUUUCCUCUAUGAUAUAAAAUAUGGAUGACAAGCCAAUAUAGGAGAGCUUUCACGUGAUUUUUUUUUUAA